CUAAAGGGCAUGUGUUAUUACUUCGAAAAAGAAAUAUUCAACCUCCUGUUCGAAGACAUAAUAAAAACCAGGUUGAUCUAGAAAAUAUUUUAGAUCAGAGUGGUGCAGAUAAGAUUGAUUUAGAAAAUAUUUCAAAUCAAAAUAAUGUGGAUGAGAUAAUUGAACUUCAGAGAAGUAGUGCAAAUCAAGAUGAUGCUAAUAAGAUAACUGACCAUAUGCAAGAUUUUAACAUUUCUACUCCUGCAUCAAACAAAAUAACUAACUAUGCACAAGAAUCUGAUACUUCUAUUUCUUUAGAUACACAAGAUGAUAUUGAUGAGAUAGAAUAUAAUACUUUAACACCUGCA